CUGGAGAGAAAAAGACUUAUAAAAUAUUGUUUGAAGAACCAGAAAAAGCCUAACAACACAAACAAAUUCAAAACACAAAACCAAAUCGAUUUCUAGGGUUUGGGUUCAUGUCACUAUCAUAUAGGUCCUCCAGUUCAACUCAGCCAAAAACAGGUGAGUCACCUUGUCAAAUCUUCAUUUGAAUGCUUUUCUUAGUAAUCUUCCGGUAAUCAUACAACCAUUUGGCCAAAAAUCAAGAUCGAUCAAUACCCAUUGGUGUAAAUUAUGAGAUUUUAGAUAAACACAUUAGUGUAUAGAUAGAAAAGAUAUAUUUAUAGAUAGUGUUAUUGAUAUAUAUACGCACAACAUUAUCUAUAUAUUUUGUGAUGAAAUUAUCGCCGGCAUCGGUUUCGAAGAGGAGGGAUAGUAAUUUGUCUGGGCCUCGGCUUCGGAAGAAGCACAAGAGGCUAGAUGCAAUAUGCGAAGAGGAGUAUAAUAGGAAUCAUAUUGAAUCAAAUGAAGGUAAUGAGGAAGAGGGGGCGCCGGGGACGUCCAUGCCCGACCUGGAGCUUCGUAGAAGCUCUCGGGUGAGACGGGCUCCAGUAUUGCUUGAUGUGUCACCACAACCUGUUAAAAAGAGGCGUAGAGUUGAUAGAAAUGUUAAUUCAGGUGUUAAUAAGAAGUUAAAUAGUAGUUUAAGGAAGGGUAAAGAGGAGGAGAGUGAUAAAAUGGUGUCGCCGGGGGUUUGGGGGUCAAGGUUGAGGUUGAGGUCAAGAGGGAGGAAUGUGGGGUUUGAAGUGAGGACUGAGGAGAGCGGUGAGCUGAGUGGCAGAGGGGAACUCUUUGGGGGAAUGGCUGAGGAGGUUGUGGAGAGUGGGGUGAGUAUGCAGAAAGAAGUGGAAGAUGGUGACUUGGUGGUAGUAAAUAAGACAAGAGGCAGCUUAGAGGAGGAGGAUAGUUUACGGGAUGAAGUGGAAAUUAGUGAGAAGGAAGAGGAAAUAAGUGAGAAGGAAGAGGAAAUAAGUGAGAAGGAAGAAGAAAUGCAUGAGGAGGAGAAAGAGAUAGAGACAAGUGGGAUGAAGGAGGAGAGUGAAAGGGAGGAGGAAGUGGAGGUGGUGAGCAACAAGGGUGAUGAGAGUAUGCCAGCUUCGGGGAGUGGAAUGGUUGGUGAAGAUGAGAUGGAAAGAGCGGAGGGUGCUGCUAAAGAGGUUUAUGAGAAAGAGGAGAGGGAAGUAUUGAGUGGCAAGGAAAUAGAAGGGGAUUGCAUUGGUGAUGAAAAAGAGGAACUGGUGGAAACAACGAGGCUGAGCGAUAAAGAAGGGGAGCAUUUAGAGGGUGGAGAAGAAGGAGAAGAUCAACAGGAUGGUGGAGAAGAUGUUGGAAAUAUAAAAAACAACGUGGAAGAUGGAGGGGCUGAUGAUCAAAAGGAUGAUUGUCCUGUGAGUCUUGAGGGAAAACCUUCUGAAGGCAUGAGUGCAUCAAUGGUGGAUGAGAUCAACCGUGGUUCAAAUGAUACGCUUGGCAGGCCACGCAUUAAACAGGGGAGGUGGUGUGGUUUAUGUGGUUGUGGGAAUGAUGGUAAGCCUCCAAAGAGGUUGAUCCAAGAUGUGGGUGAGAGUGAAAAUGAGGCCUACAGUGGGUCUUCAGCUUCAGAGGAGCCUACCUAUGAUUUAUGGGAUGGAUUUGGUGAUGAACCUGGGUGGCUUGGCCGUCUCUUGGGCCCUAUAAAUGAUCGUUAUGGUAUAGCUGGAAUCUGGGUUCAUCAACACUGUGCUGUUUGGAGUCCAGAGGUCUAUUUUGCUGGUCUGGGAUGCUUAAAAAAUGUAAGGGCUGCUCUCUGCAGAGGAAGAGCCCUAAAAUGCACCCGCUGUGGGAGGCCUGGUGCAACUAUUGGAUGUCGUGUUGAUCGGUGUCCAAAAACUUACCACUUGCCCUGUGCACGAGCUAAUGGCUGCAUCUUUGAUCAUCGGAAAUUUCUCAUAGCCUGUACAGAUCAUCGGCAUCUCUUUCAACCUCAUGGAAAUCAAUAUUUAGACAGGAUAAAGAAAUUGAAAGCUAGAAAAAUGAAGUUGGAAAUGAGGAAGCUGUCAAAUGAUUCUUGGCGAAAGGAUGUUGAAGCAGAAGAAAAAUGGUUGGAGAACUGCGGUGAGGAUGAAGAGUUCUUAAAGCGUGAGAGCAAGAGACUUCAUCGAGAUUUGUUUAGAAUUGCACCUGUCUAUAUUGGUGGUCCAGACUCUGAGAGUGGAAAACUAUAUGAGGGUUGGGAAUCUGUUGCUGGGCUUCAAGACGUUAUUCGUUGCAUGAAGGAAGUUGUCAUUUUGCCUCUGUUAUAUCCUGAGUUCUUUGAUAAUCUGGGGCUUACUCCUCCUAGAGGUGUUCUUUUGCAUGGUUACCCUGGAACAGGUAAAACCUUGGUAGUACGGGCAUUAAUUGGCUCAUGUGCUCGUGGUGAUAAACGGAUAGCUUAUUUUGCCCGAAAAGGUGCAGAUUGCUUAGGAAAAUAUGUUGGUGAUGCUGAACGUCAGCUAAGACUUUUGUUUCAAGUUGCUGAGAAAUGUCAGCCUUCUAUAAUAUUCUUUGAUGAAAUAGAUGGAUUGGCACCUCAGCGAACAAGGCAGCAAGAUCAGACUCAUAGUUCAGUUGUAUCCACAUUGCUUGCUUUAAUGGAUGGUCUAAAAUCUCGAGGUUCAGUGGUGGUGAUAGGUGCAACAAAUCGUCCUGAAGCUGUUGAUCCGGCGUUAAGGAGGCCUGGUAGAUUUGAUAGGGAGAUUUAUUUUCCGUUGCCAUCCAUGGAGGACCGGGCUGCUAUUCUCUCACUUCACACACAAAGGUGGCCAAAACCAAUAACUGGAUCAUUGCUCAAGUGGAUUGCAAGUAGAACUACUGGCUUUGCUGGUGCUGAUUUGCAGGCUCUUUGUACUCAAGCAGCUAUAGUUGCUUUGAAAAGGAAUUUCCCUCUCCAAGAAACAUUGUCUGCUGCUGCGGAGAAAGAUUCUGGUGCUAAACGUAUUCCUCUUCCUUCCUUCGCCGUGGAGGAGAGGGAUUGGUUGGAAGCUUUGUCAUGUUCCCCACCACCAUGCUCACGUAGAGAAGCAGGAAUUGCCGCUUAUGAUUUAGUAUCCUCUCCUCUUUCCACCCACCUGAUUCCUUGUCUGUUGGAACCGUUAUCCACCUUGCUUGUUUCACUUUAUCUUGAUGAGCGGCUGUGGUUGCCUCCUCGUCUUACUAAAGCUGCAACAAUGGUUAAAAGUUUGAUUUUUUCAGCUUUGAAUAAGAAGAACAUUCCAAGUGAUCAUUGGUGGUCUUAUGUUGAUGUUUUUCUUCAAGAAGCAGACGUAGCAAAGAAUAUAGAGAGAAGGCUUUCACAGGCUGGUGUUAUAACUGGAGAGGUUACCUUUGCUGGUUUUGAUGCUUGUGCCAGUGAUACUUGUGAUGACAAUGCCAAUUAUGAACCUGCUAUAAUGCAUGGUUGCGGUAUGCACACUAGUUUGUUUAAAAAUAUAUCUUUUGCAUCAAAGAAGAAAUCUGGAUUUCGGAUCUUGAUCUCUGGAAGUCCAAGAUCUGGCCAGAGGCACCUUGCUGCUUGUCUUCUUCACUGUUUUGUUGGAAAUGUGGAAAUUCAGAAGGUUGAUUUGGCGACAAUUUCUCAAGAAGGACAUGAUGAUUUAGUGCAGGGUUUAACACAGCUAUUAAUGAAAUGUACUAGUGUGGGGUCAUGCUUAGUAUUCAUGCCCAGAAUUGAUUUGUGGGCUAUAGAGACACUUCAGCAAGUAAAUGAGGAGAUUGAUUCUUCUUCAACAAACAAUCCACCUUCGAGCAAUGGAUCUUCUUUAGCACAUGAGGGAGUUUUUGAAAAGAAAAUUGAUUCCCAUCUGCAGAAACAGAAAUUAGCUGAGACCAUGGAUUUUCAGGGUAGCUCGCAUGCCUGGAGCUCAUUUGUUGAGCAGUUGGAAUCUCUGUGUGUCACUACAACUGUGAUGAUUCUGGCUACUUCAGAAGUUCCGUAUUCUUCACUCCCACCAAGAGUGAGGCAGUUUUUUGGGAGUCAUACAUCAAAUUGUAACCUUCCAAUCCCCUUGGAGCACACAGUACCCCGGUUUUCUGUACAGCUUGGUGGGAAUUUCAAAUGUGAUAUGGUUAUUAAUCUAUCUGCAGCAGAGUUAUCAAGGGAUAUAAUUCAACUGGUUGUUCAGUUGGUUCAUCAAAGAACUCAUGCCCAUACAAAUUAUUGCAAAGAGCACAAAACUCGUGGUUUCACUGAAGUCUGUACAGACACGGUACUUAACAGUAUAGAUCAUGGUUUAGCUAAUGAACAGAAGGAUAGAACCGAAUUUCCUGAAGAUUCUUCUGUAAAAGUGCCUCCAACGCCCAACAAUAAAAUUUUGAAGGGAAGGUCAAGCUUGCUGGUAGCUAUAUCUACUUUUGGCUAUCAAAUUCUGCGAUAUCCUCAUUUUGCUGAACUUUGUUGGUUCACAUCAAAGUUAAAGGAUGGUCCUUGUGCAGACAUAAAUGGACCUUGGAAGGGAUGGCCAUUCAAUUCUUGUAUUAUUCGUCCUAGUGAUUCAGUGGAAACGGUAACUGUUGCUUCUGGCUCCAGCAAUAUCAAUGGGAAAGAAAAAUCUGGUUUGGUAAGAGGUCUAAUUGCUGUCGGUUUAUUGGCGUAUAGAGGAGUAUAUGCAUCACUUAGAGAAGUUUCCUCAGAUGUACGGAGGGUUCUUGAACUCAUAGUUGGAGAGAUUAAUGCAAAAGUUCAAGCUGGGAAAGAUAGGUGUCAAUAUAUCCGUCUUUUAUCACAAGUGGCUUAUCUGGAAGAUGUGGUUAAUAGCUGGGUGUACGCCUUGCAGAGUUUAGAGUCGGAUGCUCAGAUAAAAGUUGCAAACCCUGAGCUUGAUAUUGUGGGAUGUCCGGAUGAUAGUCAUGCAUGUGAGGAUAAUUCUAUUCAAAGUGACGAGUGCAAGCUAAAUGUUACUACCAAAAGCUCUCUUGAACCAGAAGUCACUGAAAGUAAGUCUCAGGGGUUUGAGGUUGAACACAUUGAAUCUCUUAGCUUGAACAAUGGACAUGAUGAUUCUGCGUAUCCUGAUCCUGAGAGGAGAGCUGAGAUUUUGGAACAGGGAUCUGCAGAGCAUAUUGUUCUUCCUGAUACUUCAUUUGAUACAAAUCUUCAUGAUUCAGUUACUGAUCAAUCAGUUGAUAAAAUUUUAAAUGAACAGAAUGGAAGUAAUCUUGGAACAUGUGAGUCAGAGACGACUUUGGAUAAUGCAGUUGUCGAUAUGGGUUCUGAGUCCUUGAAGCAUUCCAAUGGAUUUGCAGUCAAAGAACCUGUUAUCCUUUCGGAGAAUGGUCCUGACUGUUCUGAUGAAUUCGGUGGUAUCAAUUUAUCUGAUUCCCAAAAACCUAGUGAUCAGGUUAAUGGGUUGUCAGAGACACAAGUCAAAACCUCAUCUAAUGAUGGUAAGCCUGAUCCUAGUGAACAUACUGUCGACGAUGUUGACUUAUGUUCUAGUAAAACUCCCAGUCUCUCUGAAUACUCUGGGGUCACGUGUUCAUAUCAUGUUUGCAUUGAAUGCCUAAGCACCCUCCACGAUUUGAUGCAGAAAAUUCUUCUUCAUACAUUGGGAUUGAAUGAGAGCAAAUGGACAGUAGAGGAUGUUCAUGAUGUUGUUGCAUCAUUAUCCGUGGAUCUCCUUUCAUUAGUUAGAAAAGUUACCAGUAGCAGUCAUAAUGCUUUCAACGAAAACCUGAGACAAGGAAAUCCUGAAAAGUUCUCUGAAUAUCCAGAACUGGUUACAUGCCAUUGUGAGAGUACAGGAAAUAGUUUAGUUGCUCCAAUGGAAUGCAGUUGUCACUCUGGAGGUGGAAGUGCGACUGAAGCAAAUACCCAACUCAGAUUUGAUCCAAAAUUUGUAUUCAGAGAUGGCGUCCUGGUUCCUGUAGAUUCUAAUACAGACGUUUCUUUUCACUGUACAUUUGAGAAAUUGUGCCUCUGCUCUCUUAUAAAGUCCAUAGUAAUGAUGAAGCAGCCGUUGGAUUGAUUUGUUAGAUUUCUAACUGAGAUUGUUUCCGGAAGUUUUGACUCUUUCUGGAAAGGCACUAACCUACACCAUGUAAGUAUCAUUUUGAGGUUAUUGCUUUAUUGAUGGAUCCAUGAUUAAUUGUUUGAUGUUCUUGUUACCUCUUAUAUAUAAUGAUCUCAUUAUCGGAAUUAA